CCAUGACCCAGAAUCUGGUUGUCAACACCACCUGGGAGGGCUUACGGGAAAACCCUUUGACCCACCAGAACAUCACCUAUGUUGAUUUCUACCUCCACAAGCCCUCCGUGGCUGCAGUCUUCACCGUCUCCUACCUGCUCAUCUUCCUGGUGUGCAUGGUGGGCAACGGGGUGGUGUGUUUCAUCGUGCUGCGCAGCAAGAACAUGCGCACGGUCACCAACCUGUUUAUUCUCAACCUCGCCAUCAGUGACCUGCUGGUUGGCAUCUUUUGCAUGCCAACCACGCUGGUGGACAACAUCAUAACAGGAUGGCCAUUUGGCAGCGUAGUGUGCAAGCUAAGCGGUAUGGUCCAAGGGAUAUCCGUGUCAGCAUCUGUGUUCACUCUAGUGGCAAUAGCUGUUGACAGGUUCCGCUGCAUUGUCUACCCUUUCAAGCAGAAGCUGACCAUCGCCACCUCAAAGCUGAUUAUCAUCAUCAUAUGGGUCCUCGCUGUGUCCAUCAUGUGUCCCUCUGGGGUCAUGCUCCAGGUCACAAAGGAGCAUAGGGUGCGAAUAGUCCUCGGCAGCAACAACGACACCCACCCCUUCUACUGGUGCCGGGAAAACUGGCCCAAUCAGGAGAUGCGGAAAAUCUACACCACUGUCCUCUUCGCUAACAUCUACCUUGCUCCUCUCAGCCUUAUCGUCGUCAUGUACGCCCGCAUCGGCAUCACCCUCUCCAAGACCGCUAUUCCUCAGAUGAGGGGCAAUGGAAGCGUGUCUGAGGAGGGCGGUGGCAACAGCAAAUCCAGCAUGGAGGGUCGUCACACCAUUUCCAAGAGGAAGAAUCGGGUGAUAAUGAUGCUGCUGGUUGUGGCUCUGCUCUUCAUCUUAUCCUGGCUUCCUCUGUGGACGCUGAUGAUGCUGAGCGACUACGCCAGCCUGACGGAGCACCAGUAUCGGGUCAUUAACAUCUACGUGUAUCCCUUAGCUCACUGGCUGGCCUUCUUCAACAGCAGCGUCAACCCCAUCAUCUAUGGGUUCUUCAACGAGAACUUUCGCAGGGGCUUUCAGGCUGCUUUCAAAUUCCAGCUGUGCUCCGAGGGCAUCGGGCGCCAGAAGACCUACUCUAAUCGGAUCCGAGGGAACGCUGUGCUCCCGGUCCAUCCUGCUGUCCUCAGUAGAUCGGGCUCGGCAGUCAGAUCAGUGUUAGUGGGGAAUGGGAAGUGCUCGUGCCAGGAAGGAGGAAGUCAUAUCAAAGAACAGGACCUGAUCAUGGAGGACCUGGAGAAGGUAUCCCAGAUUUAGACAGACUGAGACUGUGGACACUUUUAAAAGAUCUGAGGCUUAUGGAGAAUCAUGUAUUGCAUUUCAAGGACAAUGAAAAACAGGCCUCAGACAUACAUAAUUAAACUACAUCUGUUCCAAGUGAAUGUACUUGCAAGCUCUGCAACAUUUUAUCCAUUGUGAAUGUUUAGUAUGGCAUGUAUAGCAACGCAAAGAAAGUUUAAAGGCCCCGAAAUCUUGGUUUUAAAAGGGGACUUUUUCAGUGCUUGUACUUAUACAUUUGUGUAUCUGGAGUGCCUACCAACCCACAAACUGUGAAAUAAGACGACCCAGUCAGUUCUGGAUCAGAAAACGUGAUUCAACAAGCCAAUCAGAUUUGGCUCCCCUUCCUAUGUCACCUGCAGGCUCAUUAGAAUAUACCGCCCACAUCUUGAGAACUACUUUUGCAUAUUUUCCCGUAAGCGAAUCAGAGCAGACUGGGCUGUUUUGGGAGGGGUUCUUAAAGAGACAGGCGCUAAAAUGGAGUGUUUCAGACAGAGGGUGAAUACAGGUAUAUUCAGACAGACGGUAUGAGAAAAAUAAUGUGUUUUUUUAACAUUAAAGCAUGUAAACAUGUUCUAGUAGAAACCCAAAAUACAACCUCAAAAUGAGCGUGAAAUGUCCACUUUAAAUAUUCACGACUAAAUAAUCAACAAGCAAAGUUAAAGUUGGGGAAAAAUCCCCAUUGUAAUCCUUAAGAUGUCAGUAUUUCAUUUGGCGACACAUACCCGGUUACUGUGGCAACAGCAAGUAUAAUUUGCCAGCUACUUUGUCUGAAAUACAUCAGGAGAGCAACUGGUGUAUCUGUUUACAGUGCAGUUGUCGCAAGGAACAAUUACAAACGUAAUCUGUGUCCAGGCUGCACAUGGUACAAACAAAAACAGGCAACAGUUGGAGGUGUGCAGCCUGUCGCUUUGUUGGAUGAUCAUGGUGACGAAUACAUUUCUAUUCCUGUGACUGCUUCACAAUAAAAGCCACCCCGUCUUUAACCAGUUGAAUGCUUUUAAUGUGAAGCAGCAGCAGUAGGUGGCAUGAGAUUUUCGUGUUGAUUGUGUUAUUUUUGUUGUUCUUAAGCCUAUCCAACUGGGUCAACUUCUAUUACAAAUUCUCUCUGAAGGUGAUGUAAUACCAAUACCCCAGAAAGUUUUUAAUGUUUCAGGAAGAAUGAAGGCCUAUAGGCAUCUUUGACAAAUGAAGAUACCGUGAUAAGAAUAGCACACCUCUCAAGGGUGAGGUGCGAAGGCAGCGUG